UGAGCGAAGAGUUGUGUCCUCUGCAGCUGUAGUGGGCGAUGGGUUUCUCAUGCGAGACAUCACCAUCGAGAACGCCGCUGGGCCCAGCAAGCUCCAAGCCGUGGCGCUCCGGGUGGGCGCCGACCUCUCCGCCUUCUACAAAUGCAGCUUCGUGGGCUAUCAAGACACCCUCUACGUGCACUCUCUACGCCAGUUCUACCGGGAGUGCGAUGUCUACGGCACCAUCGACUUCAUCUUUGGCGACGCCGCGGUCGUGCUCCAGAACUGCAACCUCUACGCCCGGAAGCCUAUGUCGAACCAGCAGAACGUCUUCACCGCGCAAGGCCGAGAGGACCCGAACCAGAACACCGGCAUCUCCAUCCACAAGUGCAAGGUCGCCGCGGCCGCCGACCUCAUCCCGGUGCAGUCCAACUUCUCGACUUAUCUCGGCCGGCCGUGGAAGGAAUUCUCCAGAACGGUGUUCAUGCAGUCGUACCUCGACAACUUGAUCGAUCCUGCCGGGUGGCUGGAGUGGAAUGGCGACUUUGCGCUGAACACGCUGUACUACGGAGAGUACAUGAACCGGGGUCCCGGCUCGAACACCACGGGCAGGGUGAAGUGGCCGGGCUACCGGGUGAUCAACAGCACGGCGGAGGCGAGCAACUUCACGGUGACUUCCUUCAUCCAAGGUGAUCAGUGGCUGGGAUCCACUUCCGUCCCUUUUACUUCAGGAUUGAAUUGAGUUCUCAUUCUCCGAACUUUUCGGUAGAUAGUUUUGGCCUGCAUGCAUGAGCGUAGCUCAUCGGUCUCCUUGCAUUGGUCGUUACUUCUACUUCGAAUGCUUGAAUAAUAUGUUCGUUUGAGAUCUUCGAGUCAUCGUGUUUGUUGUGAUGCCGCUUUUGAAA